AUGGAACUACGAAAUGCCAAGGAAGAUGAGAAUGAGAAAACCCUUGAGGCCUCUGUGAUUGGGAAUGAUGAAGAUGCAGGGAAAGAUGGGGACUUGGUUGUUGUAGCUGAGGCUGUAGAAACCUCUGGUGAAGAUGAGAAGUUUGUGGAUGAGAAACCUCCGGAGGAGGCAGCCUCUGUUCUUGCUUCCAUUGAGGAAAACAAAACAGAAGAUGGGAAUGUUGAAGGAGCUUCUGUUCUUGCAUCUGUUGAAGCAAGUUCUUCUGGAAUGAUAAAGCCAAAGAAGAAAGUUGUCAAGAAAGUAAAGAAGAUAGUGAAAAAGAGAGUUGUAAAAGGCACUGCUCUUCCGGUGGCUGGUGGGGAGAAUGUCACUGUAGAACAAAUUGCGGACCCUUCUUCUCUUGGUGCAAGCGGAAAGGAAACAAAGAAGGCUGUAGAGUCUGCUGCAGAUUCCCCUCAAUGCUCUUCUGUUAAAGAAAAAGAUUCAGAACCUUCUCUUGGAGAAGAUGAUAUGGAAGAAUUUGCAGAAGCUCCUGCAGGAAACUUGCCGGAAGCUAUUGAGGGUUCUGGUAAGAAACAAGCAAGAAAAGUGAAGGCGAAAGCCAAAUUGAGUAGUGGUGAAGGAGGCCAACAAAUGACAGUUGUUGAACAAAAUAAGCAGAACCAGUUAGCUGAGGACAAAACUGGUUUGGUUGAAGGGACGAGACGGAAAAGGAGGAGACAGGGGAAACAGGUUUUAGGUUCAGACAAGAAACAGAAGAAAGAGGUUGUUGUUGUUGCUGCUGUUGAUGUAACACAGCGGAGAAGGGAAGAGGGGAAAGAGGAGAUGGAUGGGAAUGUAGCAAAAACUGCUGGACUGAUUUUCAUGUGCAAUGCGAAAACAAGACCGGAUUGUUUCCGGUUUAGUGUUAUGGGUGUGCAAGAGAAGAGGAAAGAUUACGUGAUGAGUAUCAAGCCAGGGAUGAAGCUUUUCCUCUAUGACUAUGAUCUCAAACUCCUCUAUGGAGUUUUCCAAGCUUCCUCUGCGGGUGGGAUGAAACUUGAGCGGAAUGCUUUUGGUGGAUCCUUUUCCGCUCAGGUGCGGUUUACGGUGGUGAAAGAUUGCUUACCGUUGCCAGAGAGCGAAUUCAAGAAAGCAAUCAAGGAGAACUACAACAACAAGAACAAGUUCAAAACAGAAUUGAGUCGUAAGCAGGUAUUCAAGCUCACAAAGCUUUUCCGGCCAGCUUCUCUCCCGGCACAACUAACCCACACUCUCCCAGUCCCUGUUCCCAAGAACCACCGUUAUGAUGCUCCUGGCAGCAGCAGCAGCAGAGCUCACACUCAUGAAAGGAGCCGAAACCACGCCCGUGCUGCUUCACCGCCUCCACGGAGAGAAGAGCCGCCGCAAGAUUUGUUUCUCAGUGAAAGGGAAUACCGAACAUACGGCUUGAGAAGAGCAGAACCAAUCCAGCAUUACCCUGACUCUUCUUACAGCCGAGACCGCCUUCCUUUGGACCAUGAAAUGCUUCUGAGGCGUGCAGAGAUGGAAAGGCAGCAGCAUGACCAUGACCGGAGAGAAGUUCGUCUUGUUCGUUUGCCUGAAAGAGAUUACCACCACCACCACCACCAGUAUGAGCCAUCACUAGCUUCUUCUUCGGUUGCUAUGGACGCAUACAGGAGAGACCCGUAUUACAGAUAUGAGUACCGUUCUUCUCCUGAAAGACCACCAAGGACAACAUAUCUGGCUAAUUCUUCAGGGAGAGAAGAGGAUGACUUGUAUUCCCGUUAUGUCACCGCGGAUUCAUUGGCUGAGUACUACCGAUCAUCGUCGUCUUCCCGGAGGUUCCCGAGCAUGGCUGAGCCUGAGUUGUUUCCGCCGUCGUCGGUUACAUCCCGGUAUGGUGGUUAUUCAGGGUCUUUGCCUUAUUCUCACCGCUGA